AUGGAACAAACUAUAACAAAGUACGAAAACUUUAUAAAUGAUGUGCUAAAAGAGGAUUUACGUGUACUACAUUUAAAAUUAGAGAAAAUAAACGCCGAGUUGGCUGACCUUAUUCAGCAAAAGCAUGCUUUGAGAGUAGUAACAGAUAAAAGUGUUCACCCAGAUGGAUUUAAAACUCAAGUGAAUAUAGGGUGUAAUUUCUUCAUGGAAGCAUCAGUCUCUGAUACAUCCCAAAUGCUAAUUAACAUUGGACUAGACCAUUACCUGGAGUUUAGUUUGGAAGAAGCAAAUAAAUAUCUUGAUGCCAGAAUCAAGGUGUUCGAACAACACUCCCAACAAUUAAUACAAAAAGCAGCUGAAAUAAAGGCACAUAUUAAAAUGAUGCUAUUAGGCAUAAACGAAUUACAAGAAAAGAAAGGUAGUUGA